UGAAACCCUCGCCGCCUUGGGGUUUUAGGAGUGCUGUCCUCUUCCGCUGCGGGAAGGUGUUCUCAUCCCGUUCUUCUCCGGGAGUGUUGCUGUGUUCUCCUUUUGUUUUCCGGUUCUCUUCUCAUGGACCCAGACGAAAUUGCGAAACGCGUGGCCGAGAUGCGUUUGUCGGCUGGUGAGCAAUCAAAAUCGGUAAGGAUUUCGGCUACUGAUGCUGUCAGAGGACAAUCUAAGGUUAGAAAGAUGAUCAUGGGGAAAAUUUUCUCUGAACGAAUAGUUAAUCGUGAAGCUCUUCGUGAUAAUCUCCCCAGUCUUCUUAAACCUCGUGGGACUAUGGAAAUCGAACUUAUUGGGCGUAAUACCUUUGCAAUAUCCCUGGAUUUCGAAUCUGAUAGAGAUCGCAUAACUUAUGACGGACCAUGGCAUUUCUUCAAUGAACUUAUGAUCCUUCAACAAGCAGAUCCUUCGAAUACGGCAGCAAAUACUACUUUUGAGCAAAUUCCUUUUUGGGUUCAGUUACACAACAUGCCUAUCGCCUAUAUGGAUCCCCACAUCAUACGGCGUAUUGGCGAACAAAUAGGCCAAGUGUUGGAGAUAGAUGAUAACAGGGGUGGAUCCUAUGUUGGAUGCUUUGCUCGUGUGAAAGUGUUACGCUCUAUAAAUAAUCCCCUUAUUCGCUGUGUACCCCUAAAGUUUGAUGGUGUUCAGGAGGAUGGAAUGAUCUUAGUACUUUAUGAAAAGCUCCCGGAUCAUUUUUGCUUCGCGUGUGGGAAGUUGGGGCACUACUUGAGGAAUUGUGGUGUGGAUGAGGAGCAGAAACUUAAUCCAAAAUUCGGUAAUUGGCUUAAAGCAGGUCGUGGUAUUGAUUAUCGCAAAGGCAAUGCUCCUCGCUAUGUGACUAGAAUGGAUUCGGGGGGGCCCCUGAUACCCCCUAAGCAAAGUCGUCUCAGCCCGCGACCCCAACCUCAGAGUCUUGGUGCUGAGAGAAUCCUCAAUACGGGAUCUCAGGAAGAGGGAAAUGAUGUUGAGGGAACUCUUGCGGAGGAUACGGAACUACAGAAAGAGACUGAGGAAGAAGUAAGACAAUUGACUAUUGUUUUAAAUUCGCCUUCUGUGGGCAACAUCUCUGCUACUCCGAUGGAUAAUGAGCCUAUCUCGGAUUUAGCUGUUACUCCUACAUAUAAAUCAAAAAAUCUUGAAAAGAUCGGGGAUGAAAUGGUGAUUGAAACGAGCCUCAAUGCUGUGGACCUGGAUUUGGCGACUCAAACAGACUGGAUAUAUAAAAGGCAAGCGAAGCGAGAUGGAAAAUCUGGGCUGAUUUCACCGGCUAAAUCAAAAUCAAAUCCCAAAAGGAAAGGUUGGAAACGACUGGCGAGGGUUCUUUGUAACUCCUCCGACAACGGGCUUAAUGGAGAACAAUCCCCACACUUUGGUCAGAAAAGGGUAGGCAGGCUGGAAAAUGGGGGGGAUCGGAAAAAACUGAAAGCUAUCAUUUCUCCCCCUGUUUUGCAGACUCAAAAUGACUUGAACGAUGAGCAAACGGCGGAGGCUGCCGAGCAGCCCCGCCGAUCACCAUGAUUUGCCUAGUUUGGAAUGCGCGGGGGUUGGGGAGCUCCCACGCAUUCCAUGAACUUCGUCGGUUAGUUACCGGCUACUCCCCGCUUGUGCUGUUCAUUUGCGAGACAAAAGUCACUACGAAGAAAUGUAAUUGGUGGCGUUCUGUCCUACAUU